AUGACUGAUAGUGUCCUACAAAUAUUACAAGACCUUCCCAAGCCCCCUCAAGAAUAUCUCUUCAAAGGUGUGGCAGUGGGCUAUGGGAUGCAUCAUUACUGGAAUACCAUGGCAACCCACUCGAAGAAGCUACCGGUCUUCGGGAGAGGGCUGGCACAAGCCCACUGUCAGACUUCUUCGAGAGUCACUACCGGCUCUUACCAAAAACGAGUAUGA